GACUCUUACGAAUAGUUGUUUGAAGAUAGUAGAGCUUUUUCUGGUUGAAUAUUGCAAAUCUUGUCGUACUCAUUGAGUGAUAUUGAAGAGUCCUAGAUUCACUAACUUAUACCCUUGUUAAUUUUUCAACGGACAGAUCUGACAAUUGAACAAGAUAAGAUCCAGAAGGUGGUUUCAGAUAUUCUAUUGAGCAAUUGGAUUACAGAAUGAAUUGGUUGGCUGUUCUAUUCUUGUUAUGCACUAGUGUGCUAGCAAAUAAGGUUCUAUUUGAUGAAACUAUGAACUCUCAAGUUUGUGGUGGGAUGUACGCUAAGCACGAUUGGGGUGGAAGUUUAAAACCUCAUAUAGGCCUCAGGUUAAAUCAGUUUGGCAAAGAUCACUAUGAUUCCAACAAUAAGGAUGCUCAAGGUAGUGAAGACGUGCUGGUCAGUUAUGUUAUAUUCGAAUAUAAGGAUAUUGAUAACUUAGGUGCUGAUGUUGGAGGCGGUCGUAAGAAAUAUAUUUGUGAUAGUUACGCCAUUGAUACUUUGAAGAUUUGUGAUAAAAAGCAAGAAGGAAAUUUCAUCAUUAAUGCAGAUGUUACUAAUUCUACGAUAAUGACUUCUCAUAUAAAUAAAUUAGGUCCAGUUAAUCUCGACUAUUCAGUCAACAAGACCGGAUACUAUUGUGUUUCCACUUUUAAUAAGAAUAAAGCAAUGAAGUAUAAAGGUGUUGUCAAUUUCCAAAAUGCUUUUGGUCAAUUAAGUGCAAGUGAAAUUCCGAAAUUGCCUGCCUAUGGUAUUUUAACUUUAUGCUAUGCUAUUGCCCUUGCAUUAUAUGGCUUCCAAUUCUUUAAGAAAAGAAAUGAACAUCAAAUUUUACCUUUGCAAAGGUAUUUAUUAGCCAUGUUAGGAUUUUUGACUUUUGAUACAUUAGUUGUGUGGUCUUAUUUUGAUUUAGUCAAUAGAACUAAAAACCCACUGUCUGGAUUCGUUACCUUUUAUAUGGUUUUCCUUUCUAUGUUGAAUGCUGGUAAAAUCACUUUUUGCUUUUUCCUUUUACUUUGUAUAGCAUUGGGUUAUGGUGUCGUCGUUUUGAAACUUAGUAAGAAAAUUAUGUUUAGAUGUAAAAUUUUGGCUGGGGUUCACUUUCUUGCUUCCUUCUUUUACUUACUUGCAACUUAUUAUAGCUCUAAUAAUAGUGUUGUAACCUCUAAUUCAAAUGCUGAGGAUGAUCCAGAAUUUAAUGAAAUAAAGGGAUUAAUUCCUUUGAUUCCAAUUUCAAUCACUUUGACUAUUUAUUACGUUGCCACUUUGGUUUCUAUUAAAAAGACAACUGCAAAUUUACAUAAGCAACGUCAAAUCAUCAAGUUACAACUUUAUGAAAACUUAUUUAGAAUAAUAUUCCUUUCUGUUCUCCUAACUUUCGGUGGGUUGAUUUUAUCAUCUUUCAUUUAUUUAAGUAUGAGUAGCACUCAAAUGAUCGAAGAACACUGGAAAGGAUCUUAUUUUAUUUUUGAAUUUUGGCCAAGUGUUGUAUUUUUUGCGGUCUUCAUGGGAGUUUCUUGGUUAUGGAGACCAACAGAAACCAGUUAUAUGUUGGCAAUUUCUCAACAAGUUGCAACUGAUGAUAAUAUUGAUGAAAAUGGAACUCAAAACGCUGGUCAAGGAUACCAUGAAGGUCAUGAGUUUGAAUUGGAUGAUUUAUCAUUAUUGAGUCACAGUGAUAAUGAUUUAGAAAAUGGUAGAAAUAAUAAUGAUGAUGAUAGCUUUGAAUUGGGUCACAAUUCAAGUAAUACCACCCGUAAUGAUGCUCCUCCUAAAUACGAGGAAACUGAUCUGCACAAAAAGUCAACUUCUCAUGAAUCAGAUUUACAACCAACUGGUAGUAAUACAUUAUUUGAACUAGGUGAUGAUGAUAAUGAUCCUAACAAAAGCGAUGAUCGCUUAAGAGAAUCUAAAUAAAGAAGAAUAGAUUUAAGAUAAAGUUGUAUACGU